GUGUCAUGAGUAAUGCACCCAAGAGGAACACCAACAUGGCGCUGCCCAUGUCCACAUGAGUUCAGUGGCCAAGAAACAUUUCAAUGCAAGCAAUGACUUCGCUUCUGGCUGGCAUGUUCUCAACGUUAACUAGGUCCAUGAAGGUGGGCCUGGAACAUGGGAACACAUUGCUGAAAGCAACAAGUGUUACAUCAGCUGGCUGCCCAAACAGUCAGGUUCGAGGCCGUUACGUGGACUGGAGGAUGAGAAGAGACGGGCUGCGGAGGCAGAUGAUACAGGAACAUUUCCCAGAAAGACUACGGCUCAAUGCAGUCAGGAAGAACAACAUCCUUCCCAAGGAAUUACAGGAGCUUGCUGAUGCUGAAGUUGCAGCCCUGCCACCAAAUUCCAGUAUUGUGAAGAUAAGGAAUCGUUGUGUUGUUACAUCCAGGCCACGUGGUAUUCAACGAAAAUGGCGAAUUAGUCGUAUUGUGUGGCGACAGUUAGCGGACUACAAUCAGUUGUCUGGGGUGACGCGUGCAUCAUGGUGAUAUCUACAAAAUAUGGAUUUUGUUUACUCUAGGAAGAACAAACAAUUUUCAUGUUUGUGAAUGUGAUUUUCAUCAAUGUUACUAAUGUUUGUGAAGAUGAGUGAUGCAAGUGUUUGUUUGUAAAUAUUAGAAAUAUUAAAUGUGUUUGCUAUGA